AUGUCGACGCUGCGAAACUUUGCCAUAGGCACUAAUUCCAUGAUCGAAACCGACCUUCUCAUAAUCGGAGCUGGGCCUGCGGGAGCAUCACUAGCCUGCUUCCUUGCAAGCUAUGGUAAAAACGGCCUCGUAAUCAGCGCUGCUCCAGGGACGGCAAAUACACCGCGUGCUCAUAUGCACAACCAGGCGGCGUUGCAAUGCAUCCGAAACGUCGACAUUGGGCUGUGGGAGGAAUGCGAGAGACUUGGACAACGCGGCUCCUCUAUCAUGCACUACCGUUGCGAUUAUGAUUUGGCUUCUCCAUGUAACCCUAUGGAUCUGCCGCAGACUUUGCUGGAGCCUAUCCAUGUGAAAUAUGCGACAGCGAAUGGAUUUAAGGUUAGAUUCGAUACACAGUUAUUGUCAUUUGCAGAGGAUACGGUCUCUGGAAAGAUAUUCUGCCAUGUGAAGGAUCGCGCGACUGGAGCAGAGUACUAUAUCACGACGAAGUACCUCUUCGGCGCCGACGGCGGACAGAGCAUUGUUGCACAGCAACUCGGUCUCCCAUUUACUGUUCUCCCUGGAGGCGGUAUAGCAUAUAAUAUCCUAGUACGUGCUGAUCUGUCGCACUUGAUGAAUAGUCGGCCCGGGAAUCUACACUGGAACCUACGCCUUGCCCGGGAUUACCCUUUCAUGUGCGUAGGGAGAAUGGUAAAGCCUUGGUAUGAGUGGCUGUUCGUGAUCUUUCCUAAAGGCCCUGAUUGUACUAUUGAUGACCGUACUAACGGCCAGUGGGGCGAGGUGGUCGAGGAUAUGAUUGACGAUAAUACCGUCAAGGUUCAGGUGCUUGGAGUGUCCAAGUGGGUUAUUAAUGAGACGUCUGCUGAUACCAUCUCGAGGGGUAACGUUUUCUGUCUUGGAGAUGCCAUCCAUCGCCACCCACCAACUCUCGGGCUGGGUAGCAACACUUGUAUCCAGGAUUCUUUUAACCUGGCAUGGAAAAUAAACCUAGUCAUGGAUGGUGCAGCAUCACCUGGCCUCCUUGAAACCUACAACAUUGAGCGUCAGCCAAUCGCCGCCCAAUUGGUCAAGGCUUCUAACGAUAUGCUUCGUAAACACAUUCUGGUAUGGCAGACUGUUGGGGUCCUUCCACCUGGCCACACCCUGGAAGAACGACUAGCAGGCAUCACGGAGCUUAGAGAGAACUCUGAAAAGGGAAGAGCACGACGAAAGUUGCUGAAAGAACGACAGCAGGAUUUGUAUCAUGAGACAGGCGCGCUGGGUCUAGAGAUGGGCCAGCUGUACCAUAGUCAUGCUGUCUACGUUGGUGAUGAACCAGGGCCUUACUUACCGUCCGGGAAGGAAGCAGACAAUCCGGUACUCUUCUAUGAUGCAAAUACGUAUCCAGGUCGACGCCUUCCCCAUGUAUGGCUGAACACCGCUCUUCCUAAGAAACUGGUCUCGACUGUUGACAUCGCUGGCAAAGGGCGCUUCUGCCUCUUCACUGGAAUCGGGGGCGAGUCGUGGAAGGUAGCUGCUGCCGCUGUGAGCGAGAGCCUAAAAGUACCAAUCGGUGUCGUAGGGAUUGGAUUCGGUCAAGAUUGGGAAGAUCCGUAUCACGCUUGGGCGGACAAAAGAGGAGUGGAAGAGGAUGGUGCGGUGCUUGUGAGACCGGAUCUAUUCGUUGCAUGGAGAGCAGAGUCCAGUGGAAGCGAAGAGGAGUGUGCUUCGAAGCUACAGGAAGUGAUGAAGAGAAUACUCUAUCUCAAGUAAUUUAGAGUUGUAGUU